AUGCAAGACGACACCCCAAUGACCACAAUGAAGCUCAAGCCAAAUAUUUUUUACUGCAUCAUUCCAUUCGUUAGGCAAUUGAGAGAGUAUGUGAAACUUCGCCAACAAGAUGUCCCGCCUGCUGCUGCGUUGCUUCGAUCUGCUAGUUUAACGGAACACCACGUGACUGCAACCCGUCUCCACCAAUCAGCCAGUUUUCCCACGGCGUCUGAGGCGCUCCGUGAUUUCCAGGUGGGCACACUCCUGCCUCCCUCAGCGUUUUCAGUUUCAAGGACGCAAUCUAAAGACCGUCAGCACCCGAGUCUUCCAAAAAAGGAGAAGAAGAAACGUGCAAGGAGUACAAUGUCCAAUGUUGUGACCUCUCCUAACGCUUUGCAACCGCCUAAUGCUUUCCGAACCGCCAAGACUCCUUUGCCCUGCGCUCCACCAGCACAAAGCGCCCUCCAUUUGUCAGUAUCAAAUCAAUUGCUCAACCAGCCUUCACCGUUUGGUCCUUUUCCUCAGCCAAAGAGCCAGAAGUCUUUUCUACAAGUGGAUCCCACGCUCGAAAGCGACAGUAUCUGGGGUGGGAAGGUAACCCUAGACAUCGAGGCGCUGAUCAACGCCCUUGCUCCUCCGCCCCUCCUGACUCUUUCAACACCCCAUUAA